CAGAGGGUUGAGGAUAACGAAGAUACGGUAGACCUACAUCUGAUAAGAAGCUUAACUAUCUAGGGUUUCAGACACGCCGAGUGUGAGUUCUCAUUCUCAAUCAAAUACUACGUUACCAUCCAUAUUCCAUAACACCUUUUCUUUAAUAUUUAAUCACAUACGCACGCUAUCUUCUUCUAGACUCUUCCACUGUCACUUGCUGUCGUACGGCUUCUCACUGGGAGGACAAUAAUAUGGGGAAAUCAGGGGGUAGAAGAAAGAAGGGUGGUUCCAACGCCAACCAAGGUGGUGGCGUUGAUAAUUCGGGUUCAGGUGCGGCAGCCCCAACGGCUAACGGUGGGGUGGAGGUGAAGAAGGCGAAUGAGCUGAAAGAAGAAGGGAAUAGGAGGUUUCAGAAUAAGGACUAUGCGGGCGCUCUUGAGCAGUACGAGAGUGCUCUUCGUUUAACCCCCAAAACGCACCCUGACAGAGCCGUUUUCCAUAGCAACAGGGCUGCGUGUUUGAUGCAGAUGAAGCCCAUUGAUUAUGAGGCUGUCAUUGCCGAGUGCACCAUGGCGCUCCAGGUCCAGCCACGCUUUGUCCGGGCACUUCUCCGCCGGGCACGGGCGUUCGAGGCCCUUGGAAAGUAUGAAAUGUCUGUGCAAGAUGUACAGUUCUUGCUGGCAGCUGAUCCUAGCAAUCGCGACGCAUUGGAGAUUGCCCAGAGAUUGAGGACUGCAUUGGGGUCGCGCCAGGAGGCCCAGCAGGACCUCCAUAGUCGCCCCUCCCCAGCUGCCCUUGGUGCUUCGGCUGUCCGUGGUGCCCCUAUUGCUGGAUUAGGGCCUUGUUUGCCGGCUCGGCCUGUGGCAAAGAAGGGAGCGCAUUCGGCAGUUGGAUCUGUUGUGUCGCCCAAUAAUAACAAACCAGACAAGUCACAGCCAGUUUUACCAACUGAAAAUGGUUCUGACACCAAGUCCCAGUUGCCAAAACUGGUAUUGAAGUCUUCAAAUGGUUCUGCAAAGCCACCUAACCCUAAAAAGGAAGAUCACAAGGAACUGUCAUCGACCAUUCAUGGGCAGCGUUCGGAUGUUGCAAUUCGGUGGAGACCAUUGAAGCUUGUUUAUGAUCAUGACAUUAGGCUUGCCCAGAUGCCGGUCAAUUGCAAUUUUAGAGGACUAAGGGAUGUAGUAAGCAAAAGGUUUCCUUCGUCAAGUUCUGUUCUGAUCAAGUAUAAGGAUUGUGAUGGUGAUUUGGUUACUAUAACCUCUACUGAUGAACUCAGACUGGCAGAGUCUAGUGUUGAUAGCCAUCUUGUGAAAGAACCUGGGGAAGAUAAAAGUGAUUCUGUAGCAAUGCUGAGACUGCAUAUUGUUGAAGUCAGUCCAGAGCAGGAGCCACCUUUAUUGGAAGAAGAGGAAGAAAAACCAGUUGAGAAUGAAGGGGGCAUGGGAGAAGAGAAUGGAUCUCAUUCUUCUCUCGGCGAAUCUGUCUCUGAAGUAGCUGAUACCGUCAAGGUUGAUAAGACUGUGAAGGAUACUCCAAAGGAAAAGCCAGGAACCACAGGAGAUACUGAAUGCAAAGAAGUGGAGAUGGAUGAUUGGUUGUUUGAGUUUGCUCAGCUUUUCCGCUCUCAUGUUGGUAUUGAUCCAGAUGCUCAUAUUGACUUGCAUGAGCUUGGGAUGGAGCUUUGUUCUGAGGCACUUGAGGAAACAGUUACUAGUGAGGAGGCUCAGGAUCUAUUUGACAAGGCGGCUUCAAAGUUUCAGGAGGUGGCUGCUUUGGCUUUCUUCAACUGGGGUAAUGUUCACAUGUGCGCAGCUAGGAAGCGGAUUCCCCUGGAUGAGUCCGCUGGGCAAGUGGUAGUGGCAGAGCAGCUUCAAGUGGCUUAUGAAUGGGUCAAGGAAAAGUAUUCUUUAGCAAGAGAGAAGUAUGUGGAAGCAUUGUCGAUCAAACCAGACUUUUAUGAGGGACUGUUGGCUCUGGGGCAGCAACAAUUUGAAAUGGCUAAACUUCAUUGGUCUUUUGCUCUUGCUAAGAAGAUAGAUCUAUCAGGCUGGGAUUCUAAGGAGACACUUCAACUUUUUGACAGUGCAGAGGAGAAGAUGAAAGCUGCAACAGAUAUGUGGGAAAAACUGGAGGAACAGAGGGCAAAAGAGCUAAAGGACUCAAAUGCAACCAAGAAAGAAGAAUUAUUGAGAAGAAGAAAGAAACAAGGUGCUACUGAAGGUGAGUCCUCCAGUGUUGGAGGUCAGGGUGAAAUAUCUGCAGAAGAAGCUGCUGAGCAAGCAGCUGUCAUGAGAUCACAAAUUCACCUCUUCUGGGGUAAUAUGCUUUUCGAAAGAUCCCAAGUUGAAUGCAAAUUAGGAAUGACUGGAUGGAAGGAAAACCUGGAUGCUGCAACUGAACGCUUUAAGCUUGCAGGAGCUUCUGAGGCAGAUGUUUCGAUGGUUCUAAAGAAUCAUUGCUCAAAUGGAGAUGCAAAAGAUGGAGAUGAUAAAAAGGUUGAGAACCCACAGCACAAUAAGACUGUUAAACCAGAGAUCAACAAGGCUCAUCAAGUAUGAGAUAAAUGGUGUGACUUUGAAAUCUCUUUUACAUCUGUUCAGUUGAGUCUUGAAAGAAGACUCUGGACAAAGGAUAUGCUUGUCAUUCAGAGUUCAGAAGGGAUAUCUAAUUUUUUUGAAAUAGAAAUUGAAAAUUUAGGGUGCCUUAACUAGAUGGUUCUGCUCUUCUUUUUCUUUUCUCUGAAGUUCUCAGUGAUCUAAUGAAGGGAGAUUAUUUUUUAACAUUAUUUACACAAUCAUUUUUGUCCCCCGCUUUGUUGGUAUUGCCGGUGCAACAUAGUUGAGGUUUGCUUACUUGCUCAAAUCUUGACAUUUGUUUUGUUAGGUCUUAUUUAUAUGUUGAAUGCGUUGCUGGGUGUAUAAGUUAUAACUUGGAAGUUUUGUAGGGUUAUGUCUCGAAUUUGUUUGGAUCAUUGACAGAGCUUAUGUCAUAAGCAUUUGAGACAGUGAGUGGAAUUGUUGUAAUUGGUAGUGGCAUUGAAGAAAAAGUUUAUUUUGAUAA